AUGCCGUCGAGUUACUCACUGGCGGCGCUGAUGGGAGUGCAGUUCGGCGACAACCAGGACAUCAUCGCGGUGACUUCGGGCAACACGAUUACGAACAUGACUGCGGCGCACUACAUCGAAAGCAUCUACGACUUCCGGCCGGAGCGCAAGUACAACUUCAUGACAGCCAUCUACCUCACGUUCAAGUAUGUGAGCCAUCUCAAGAGAUAA